CAGACGGUGUCUCGCUUCUCUAUAUUACCACUCACCAAGACUGAACAUCUUUAAGGUGAGAGGAAGACAGGCAGCCAGAAAAGGAACUGGGAUAUAUUUGUCCUACAGAUUACUGACAGCCAAAAGACCUCAUCUGCUUUGCUUUUGAAGAAAGGGUGCCAUUUGGGGUAGUUUACCAUGGAAACCAAGAUGGUGACGCAGCAAGAGCAAGAGGAGCAGGCGUCCCGGAUGUCUCACAGCAUGCAGCUUACCUCCCAGAUAAAGAAGAGGACCUUCACUUCCAGUGAUGAGGACGUCUCCUGCUCUGAUUUGCAUCCCAUCAUUCCUGCAGACCUGAUGUCUGUCAAAGAGAUCCUGAACAUGAAGAAUUCAUCCUGCCACAGAACUUGGGACAUUCUGCAAGAAACGAUGGCUGCUGAUGAGGAGUAUCACAGAGAGAAGUGGACUUGGUUUGGAAAUGAGGCUGAGAGGGUUGAGAUGGACGUUAUCAGGAACCAGCAUGUGUUGCGCAGUCAUGUUGACAAAAUGGCACUUCGCAGACAGGCAGAAAAGAAAAAGUCUACCCACAUGAAGUACUUGGAGAAGCUGAGUCAGAAAGCUCCAGACUUUGCAGUCCCUCUGAGAGCUCACACAGUCUGGGAAGGGAUGACAGUGAUACUCUCCUGCAGUGUCCAGGGUUGUCCGCCCCCAAAGGUUGAGUGGUACAAAGAUGGUGAACCACUGAUAAUUUCUUCCCGACCAUGGACUUACAGCCUCCAAGAAAACUUUGGGCUCAGUGUCCUGGAGAUCAGAAGAUGCUCUCCUGAAGAUGCUGGCGAGUAUAAAGUGGUUGCCAGGAGUGCCCUGGGUGAAGCUACGACAUUUGGAACCUUAGUGGUAAACUCGUGUCAAGGAGCCGUGGCUGGUUCAGAACACUGGCAAACCUCCGGCUUGCAGCAGCAACAAGACGCCCAGUUUGACAUUUCCUUUCCCCCAACCUGGGUGAGGGAGGGCAGCAGCCUCUCCCUGCAGUGCACCUUCACAUCAGCUCUGCUACCUUUCCAGCAGGAUGUCAGCUGGUUCAGAGAUGGUGUACAGCUACAGCAGUCCAGCAAUGUGGACAUUAAAAUGUUUGACAACAAGGCCGCCAUCACUAUCAUGACUGCAAACAAGGAGAAUGAAGGUGUUUAUUGUGCAAGACUGAGGACCAAGGAUGGAUUCAAGGAGCACAUGACUUUUGUCUACCUUAAAGAUGGGCCGGCUGCAGUGCUGGAAGGUCCUGCAUCUCCUCUGGCAGUGGAGGUAUCUGAUGUCAACAAGGACUACGUCUUUUUGACCUGGCAGCCGCCCAGUGCUGAUGGAGCAUCACCUGUGGAGGGUUAUUAUGUAGAGAGGUGUGACCUCAGUCAGGGAGAGUGGGUGUGCUGCAAUGUGAACAUUCAGAAAAUGUGCUACUUCCCUGUGUACGGUCUGAAGGAAGGAGCUAUGUAUCAGUUCAGAGUUCGUUCCGUGAACAAAGCCGGGGCAGGACAUCCCUCCAAAGCCACGGAGCCAGUCCUCACCGCAGACCCUCUUGAACACACCAGGACAAUGGUGGUCAAUGUGGAUAGAGGAAGGACCAUUACUAUUACAAAGGAUGAACUGGAAGGUCAGGUCAAAGCUCCUUUCCCUCCCACAGACAUCCGCGCCUGCGAGCUGAGCGACACCUACGUGGUGCUGAGCUGGACCGAGCCUGAACCCCGAGGCAGGGAGCCGCUGACCUUCUACGUGGAGCGGUCAUUGGCAGGGAAAAACAGCUGGGAACUAGCCAGUCUGGACAUGGUGGUGAACUCGCCCCGGUUCCCAAUGUUUGAUCUGGUGAGAGAGAAGCAGUACUGCUUCAGAGUGCGCUCCAUCAACAAGUACGGUGUCAGUGACCCCUCCGACCCGAGCACACCCAUUUCACUUCGAAAGUCACAAGCUGUGCCACCUCCACCUCACUCAGUCAUGGCCAUUAGAGACACAGACACUUCAGUUCUGCUGCAGUGGCAAGAACCUAAAGACAAAGACGACAUCCUGGGAUAUUAUCUGUACUAUAGUGAAGCUGGCAAACAGGAAUGGAAAACUGUCAACAACAAACCCGUAACAAAAACCAGGUUUAUAGUUCAUGGCCUGAAGACUUGGAAGGAAUAUGUGUUUAGGGUGAAAUCUGUGAGCCGAGCAGGAAACAGCAGAUAUUCAGAUGAGUCUCAUCCCAUCAUGGUCAAAUCAGCGAUCAAUGUUCCCUCCUCUCCCUCUGCUAUCACCCUGCUGCUGUGCACCGGAUCAGAAAUGGUUCUGGGAUGGAGGGCUCCUUUCUAUAACGGGGGAAACUCUGUGCGCAGCUACUACCUGGACCAGAAGGAGAAGGGCGCAGAGACGUGGAGAGAGGUCAAUGUAAAACCUGCCAAAAAGAAGCAGCUCAAGGUUUCAGACUUGAAAACUGGACAUUUCUACCAGUUCCGUGUCUUUGCUGCCAAUGCGGCUGGUGUUGGGGAACCAUCUGAUGCUAGUGAAGCAUUCCUGUGUGAGACGUGGUCAAUGCCAGAACCAGGUUGUCCGUAUGACCUGGAGUUCAGGGAGGUGAGAGACGAUUCCCUAGUGCUCUUAUGGGCGACUCCACUCUAUGAAGGUCAAAGUCAGAUCACUGGCUACAUGCUGCAAAUCAGCCAGAGUAACCAGUUAGACAACUGGACGAUUCUGACUGCAAAACCAAUUUCUGAAACUCAUUACAAGGUGACAGGUCUGCAGACAGGUCACACCUACCGCUUCCGUGUGUCGGCUGUUAAUAAUGCAGGUGUUGGUCGUGCUUCCCUGCCCUCUGAGCCGGUCACAGUUCAGACUCAACCAGGCACCAAAGAGAUUAAGAUCGGCGUGGAUGAUGAUGGGUUUAUAUUUUUGGGCUAUGAGGCUGUUAAGAUGAAUGAUGAGAAUGAAUUCCUAUGGAGCAAAAAUUUCACAGAACCCAUCAGUUCUCAGAGAACAAAAGUAGAAACCACAAAGAACAGGUCAAUGCUCACCUUCACAGACCCAUCUGAAGAGGAUCUGGGUCUGUACACUGUGGAGAUGAGUCACAGUCCUCACCUGUCAUCUAGCUAUGAUUUUACAGCUGAAGACCUUGAACGUCUGAGAGAACUCAGCUGGCAGGUCAGAAAUCCACUGAUCGCGCUGAAGUCAGCUUGGCAGGUGGAGGUGUCUGAAAAAGGCAGCGUGCGUCUUUGGCUUCAAACCGAGAGUCUGAGUAGUUCUGCUGAGCUCCGUUUGGUUUUCAACGACCGGGAAAUCUCCAGCAGUCCACGCUGUAAGAUAAACUUUGAUACGGCCAAAGGUCUGGUGGAGAUACUCUUUGAUCAGCUCUCUCAGGAGGACGAAGGCUCGUACACCUGUCAGCUGAGGGACGGGCGUGCCAAGAACCAGUGCACUUUGGUGUUUGUGGAUCAAAAGUUUCGUGAGAUACUGGCAUUGGCUGACUGGAAUCGAUGGGACAUUCGGCGAAAGGCUGGACCUUAUUUCCAGGAACUCUUGACAUGGAGUGUGAACGAAGAUUGUGAAUUAAUUAUACAAUGCAAGGUGACAAACACGAGUAAGGAUACAUCCUUCAAGUGGUUUAAGGAUGGUGUGGAAAUUAAAGACUUUGCUUAUGAUCAGACAUCUGGGAUCUACUCACUCACAAUCCCACAGGUGACAAAGAAAGAGGCUGGUUUGUACAGAGCUGUUGUGUCGGACAGCCGAGGAGAGGAUGUCAGCACCUUGGAGCUACUGGACAAUGAGUAUGAUAAGCUUCUCCAGCUGCUGAGUGAACAAUGCGCAUUGUCAGCUGGUCCGCUACGGAUUGAGAGCACUGCUGAAGGUUUCAAGAUCUACUCCUCCCUCAGAUACUACAUUGGCUUUCUGAAGACAAGCUGGUACUUCAAGGGGAGGAAAAUUGACCAGGAGGCCAGGGCAAAGCCUGGCUGCAGCAUGCAGAAAGUCUGGAUUGAAAUCUUAAACCCAACAGAAAAUGACAAAGGUGAAUACACUUUGGAGAUGCUUGACGGCAAAGAGACGCACAAACGGUUUUAUGAACUAUCCACAGACGCGUUUGCUGAAGCCUUGCUGGAGCACCAAAGGUUGAAGCAACUGGCCAUUGCUGAGAAAAAUCGUGCCAAAGUGAUAAAAGGGCUUCCAGAUGUUGUAGCCAUCAUGGAAGGCAAGUCUCUAUGUCUGACAUGCUUUAUUGAUGGCGACCCAGCUCCUGUGAUCUUCUGGCUUCGCAAUGAUAGAGAAAUCCUUGAUCAGACUCAGUUUACUAUCACUAAGGAGUCCAAGCGUACCUCCAUCACGGUCAACAAGGUGACCAUGGAAGAUUCUGGAAAGUACAGCAUCUUCGUGCGCAACCAGUAUGGCUCUGAAACUGUUGAUGUGACCCUGAGUGUGUACAAGAAGGGCGAGAAGCCUCCAGCUAAUGCAGUGGAGAUGGGUUAAAAAUGCAAACUGGAGGAAUUUAAUGCUUCAAACGUAUUCAUACCCCUUGAACUUUUUAUGUAGUUUGUAAUGUUGUAAACAGUCAGUCAGUCAGUCAUUUUCUACCGCUUAUUCCAUAGUGGGUCGCGGGGGAGCUGGUGCCUAUCUCCAGCAGUCUAUGGGCGAGAGGCAGGGUACACCCUGGACAGGUCGCCAGUCCAUCGCAGGAUGUUGUAAACAUCAUGUAUGUAUGUUAUUAGAGCUUUAUUUUAUAGACCAACAGAAAGUAGGGCAUAAUGGUGAUGUGGAAGGAAAACGAUACACGGUUUUCAAAACUUCUUUACAAAUAAAAGUGUGGCAUACAUAUGUAUUCAGCACUCUUGGGUCAUUACAUUGUAAAACCACCUUUAGCUGCAAUUAAAGCUGCAAGUGUCUUGGGGCCAGCUUUGCACGUCCCUAUCUUCUUUGGAAAUGAUCUGUUAGAUUGGAUAGAGGCCAUCUGGCAACAUCAGUUUUCAAGUGUUGCCACAGAUUCUCAUUUGGAAAUACCUCUGAACCUUGGGCCAUCCAUCAAUAAGCUUUGAUUUAAACCAGGGGUUUCAAACUCCAAUCCUUGAGGGCCAGUGUCCUGCAACUUUUGAAUUCGUCCCAUGUCAAAUACACCUGAAGCAAAAAGAUGAAUUACCUCCUCAUGCAAUCAGGUUCUACAGAUUCCUGCCAAUGACCCUAUUAUGUGACAUUGGCACAGAGACACAUCUAAAAGUUGCAUAACACCAGCCCCUGACGACUGGAGCUCAACACCUGUGAUUUAAACCAUUCAAUUGUAUCUUUUUUUUUUCCCAAUAUCAACGUUUAUGUAGCUCUACCCAUCUUCCUGUCAGCUCUCACCAGUUUCCAUGUCAUUGUUGAAGAAAUCAUGAACACAACUUGAUGCUACCAACAUCAUAUCUCACCCUAGGGAUGCCGUAUUCAAAGUGAUAUUCAGUGUUAGUUUUCCACCACACACACAUUUUGAAUGCAGGCUAAAAUAUUUUGGUCGUGUUUGCAGGAUUUUUUAGGGCUUUUUUUGAAAAAUGUUUUCUUGUAACUUUUCAAUAAAGCCCAGUUGCGUGAAAUGCAUAGUGGAGUCAACAGAUUUUCCCAUCUGAGCUGUGGAUCUCUGCAGCUCCUUUGCCUGUCAGUUUUAGUGGACACCCAGAUCUUGGUAGGUAUGCAGUUGUGCCAUGCUGAUUUAUAAUUAUUAUUAUUAUUUAUCAGUGUGUUAUUCCAGUUGCAGUAUGUCAGAUAUUUUAGUUCUAUUUUUAUUAUUUUAAAACAGUUCAUGUAGCAUAAGGCACUGAGUAGCUACAUGUAUUUUCCACAGUUUAGUGCUGGUGGUACAACCUCACUUUUUCCUAACAAAACUCAAAUGACACAAGCCACUAAAGAAGACAGCAUUAUUAUUGUUUGUUUGUGUGUUUGUGUGUUUGCUGUUGUUUUGUUGUUUAUGUUUGUGUUGUUUAUUUGAGUUAGGUUUUAGGUCGGGUUAGCUAACAAAGUUUUACAGUUAUUAUUUACCAGACGCUAAGAUAAUGCUUCAUUAGCUAAGAAAAUUUUUUGUUUUUUUGAGAGGGGGAUUUGUUUAGCUUUAUAUUACUUCAGAAUAGCAGACAAAUAUCUUAUUUGGUCCUUCAUUGCUUAGUAGAUUGUUAUAACUCUGUUGCGUUAAUGUUGCUUUUAGUUUGAAGAUAGAGCUUUAGGCCUGGGUUUUUAGUUAAACAUAUGUAUUGUUUGUCUGUGUUGUUGUCAAUAAAGCUAUUCCCAAAUA